AUGAAGGGGGGAAGCGGUGGAGGAGUAGGACACAGUGGAGGAGCAGGGCACAGUGAAGCAGUAGGACGCAGUGAAGCAGUAGGGCGGAGUGGAGGUGGCUGCCGAAUCAAAAAGGUGACCUUCCGAGAGCCACCAGUAAUCUGUGAAUUUAGCGAAAACGAAAAGCAUGAGUUUGAUGAACCGUCUUGUGGAGAAGGUGCAGCUAAUGAAAUUUUUUUGGACGACACCGAGUUGUCAUCACUGAUGAAAAAUUUCGACCCGACAGAUUUUGGCAUUAAAGAAAAGCUAACUGAUAGUGAAAAGAAAAUACUCAUCAGGGAAAUUUACGGAAGACGAGGUGCAAACGGUGCGUUCUCUACGUCUCUAUCAAAUAAGAGGAAGGACAAGAAUAGUAUUAUCCUUAGGGAGGAAGAUCCACCACAGGAGCAGUCAAGGGGGACAGGAGGAGAAACAACCAGAUAUGCUAAUAUGCAAAAUGGAGGAAGUCAACGCUGGGAAGAAGCCAUAAAAAAUACAAGCGAGACGAACAACAAAACGGUGGAGGAGGAUCACUGUUACUUCCCAAAUGAUGGGUAUGACUAUGAACAACACUUAAAAACCAUAAGUCCCAAUUUUGUAAGUGCAAAUUCCAAAGGAGAGAAUAACCUUUUUGAGGUUAAGCCAACAGAUGAAGAAGAAAGAGAGCUAUUUAAAACGUUUGAAGUGGACAACUAUGAAGAGCUGAAUGAUAAUUUUGUGUACGAAGCGCAGGAUGUGAGUGGUGAGGAUAAGUUGGACGUGUCAAAGGAUCUCAUUUGGGGCACCCCUGACUGGAGUUUCCCCGUGGGUGGUGCUAGUGCCACUUAUUUGUCUGCCGAUCCGAUGCAGCUAAACCAGUUGGGAGAAAGCGAGGACGGAGCUACAACCGACGGGGGGAUUAGCGAUGCGAAGGAGGAGGAAGCUCGUUUGCCAAGAAAUCACCGCAUUCGUAGUGGUAGCAGUAGCGGCAGCAGUAGUGGAGAAAGCAGCAGUGGAGGAAGCAGCGGUGGCGGCCGUGGAGGUGGAAGAGGCAACCCGCACGAGAACGGAUACGUCAUCUUUGAUGAAGAUACACGCCCAAAAAUCUCCACAUGUGAGAAGAAAAAAGAUAAAGAUGCAAACACAGACAAAAGCGACCCGAACGCUCUAAAGCUGAGCGAUCUGGUCAAGCUGGAAAUGCAAAAAGUCGACAGCAAGAAUUUGAAUGAAAUAAAAAAUAUAGUUGACAAAAUCAAAAUUUUGCAAAUUUUGAAUUCACAAAAAGAGGAGGAAGGUCACCUUGGGAAGGGUGAUGGUGAGGAGGACUCCCGUUCGGACGCAUCUGGGGAGUUCUUUUUCUCCUCCUCCGAUGCGUCAUCCUCAUCAUUGUCAUACGAUUGCGAAACAAUCCUUACGACGAAGACCAACACAACAAACCACCCUUGCAAGUUAGUUAUCCCCAAGAAGGUCCCUACCCCCUCCUCUGCCAGCCCGCUGAUUAACCCUCUUCCUCACGGCAGUGCCAACCCGAGGAGGAGGGACAAGGAGAAGGAGAAAGUGGGCCAAGAGGCCAAACUGGAGAGCUACCUAGUCCUGGAAAAUAUAAACACCACGCGCGGCAAAAACGAAACCCCGGAAGAAAAGAGGGAGAGGAAGAAAUCCGUCAAGGAGGCGCAGCGGCUGAACCGGAAGUUGAAAAAGGAAAACGCGCUGCUGAUGAAGAGCGAGAAAAAAAUGAUGAACAAGAAGAGCAACCCCUUCGACAUCAGAGACAACGUCAAGUACAUUAAACUGUGA